AUGGCCACCAAAACUCCAAUCUCCACCGUCCCCUCACCGCCGCCCAAAUCCGACGUCUACAUCCCAACCCUCAAAGACCAAGAGAUCCUCAACACACCCGAACACCUCUUCAACCUACACACCUGGUCCGACCUUCAAUCGAUCAUAUCCGAAAACCGGCUCGAGGAUCUAAAACGCCGUCCCGGUGACCUAAGACGCUACCUCGAAUGGGGUGCAAAGACAAGAGAGGAAUAUGGUAGUGUUUUAAAAUACAUCUUAUCCCAAAGGUUGUUGUGGGAAGGAAAGUUGGAGGCCAGGAGUUCUGUACCCUUUGAAGAUGAAGAAGACACAAAAAUCCUCCUAAACGACUGGCCCUACGGCGUUUCCCCAGGUAUAAUCCACAUCGUCAUCUGGACCAAAGCCGAAAUCCCCGUCGACCCGGUCUCUGGCGACGUAACCGAAGAAUCACGCCGUAUAAUCGUAGAAUACGUAAACAAAAUAUUUAUAACCCAGUUGGGACUACCCGAGGAAAAGGUACUGUGGUUCAAGAACUGGGCGGCUUUGCAGAGCGUGAGGACUGUUGAGCAUAUACACGUCUUGGUGGAUACGAAUGGGGUCGAUGGAGCAUUGGAGAGGAUCAAGACGGUCGCAGGAUGA